UCGACGAGAUUGCAUCACUACACGUGAAGUCGUACAGGCCUCUGGCUCGUUUCCGGUCGUGCACAUUAGUGCUUUUUUUCAUCAUUUAUUAUUAAACUAUUGAGAGAACUUGGGUGUGAAGUACCCAAACACAUCGACAAACGACCAAAAUGUUGGGAGCAUCGAGAUUGUUAAUCCGCAACUGCAACGGACUUGCACAGGAUCUUGGCAGGCGAAGGCAAUUCAGCACAAUCCUCAAAAACUCCAUAGCCCCGACGCUUUCUGCUCCUCAGAGGGAAUAUGAGGUUAACCAGUAUCGGUACAAGUCUGAUGGGGUCAAGGGUGCAGUCAUUGGUAUUGACUUGGGUACAACAUUCUCAUGUGUGGCCGUAAUGGAAGGAAAACAAGCAAAAGUUAUUGAGAAUGCUGAAGGAUCUAGAACUACACCCUCUUAUGUGGCUUUCACCAAAGAUGGAGAACGACUCGUGGGUAUGCCAGCUAAACGCCAAGCAGUUACAAACUCGGCGAACACGUUUUACGCUACGAAACGUCUGAUUGGUAGAAAGUUUGAGGAUCCAGAAGUGAAGAAAGAUAUGAAAACAGUAUCUUACAAAAUUGUUCGUGCCUCGAACGGCGACGCUUGGGUUCAGGGGGGCGAUGGAAAGAUGUACUCACCAAGUCAAAUUGGUGCUUUUAUCCUCAUGAAAAUGAGGGAAACCGCCGAGGGCUAUUUGAAUACGCCAGUGAAGAAUGCAGUUGUCACUGUCCCAGCGUAUUUCAACGAUUCUCAGAGGCAAGCAACUAAAGAUGCUGGUCAAAUUGCUGGUCUCAACGUCCUCCGAGUCAUCAACGAACCGACGGCUGCCGCACUUGCCUAUGGAAUGGACAAAACCGACGAUAAAAUCAUUGCAGUUUACGAUCUCGGUGGUGGUACCUUUGACAUUUCCAUUCUGGAGAUUCAAAAGGGCGUCUUCGAAGUGAAAUCAACAAACGGCGACACUUUCCUGGGUGGAGAAGACUUCGACAAUGCUCUCGUAACUUACUUAGCAAAUGAAUUCAAGAAAGAUCAAGGAAUCGACGUAGCCAAAGACGCGAUGGCAAUGCAGAGACUGAAAGAGGCAGCCGAGAAAGCGAAAAUUGAGUUGUCCAGCUCCUCCCAGACUGACAUCAAUCUCCCUUACUUGACAAUGGACGCUAGUGGACCAAAACACUUGAAUCUCAAACUCUCCCGCAGUAAAUUCGAGAGUUUAGUUGGUGAUCUCAUUAAGAGGACGAUUCAGCCAUGCCAGAAGGCCCUUUCGGACGCCGAGGUGGCUAAAUCUGACAUUGGCGAGGUCCUCCUCGUUGGUGGAAUGACCAGGGUACCGAAAGUUCAACAAACUGUACAAGAAAUAUUCGGGAGAACGCCGUCGAGGGCUGUCAAUCCCGACGAAGCUGUUGCUGUGGGAGCUGCUGUACAGGGAGGCGUCCUCGCUGGUGAUGUCACAGAUGUCCUGCUGCUUGAUGUCACCCCACUAUCCCUAGGUAUUGAAACACUUGGUGGUGUCUUCACAAGGUUAAUUUCGAGAAAUACAACAAUUCCAACGAAGAAGAGCCAAGUAUUUUCAACAGCAGCUGACGGACAGACACAGGUAGAAAUAAAAGUCCAUCAGGGUGAACGUGAAAUGGCCAAUGAUAAUAAGCUACUUGGACAAUUUACACUUGUUGGUAUUCCACCAGCUCCACGUGGAGUUCCACAGAUCGAAGUUACUUUUGACAUUGAUGCCAAUGGAAUUGUCCAUGUAUCUGCUAGGGACAAGGGAACUGGAAAAGAACAACAAAUUAUUAUUCAGUCGAGUGGUGGCCUAAGUAAGGAUGAGAUUGAGAACAUGGUGAAGAAUGCCGAGCAGUAUGCGAAAGAGGACAGAAUCAAGAAGGAACGUGUUGAGGCUGUAAAUCAGGCAGAGGGCAUGGUUCAUGAUACUGAAGCUAAGAUUGACGAAUUCAAAGCACAGUUACCACAGGAAGAGUGUGACAAAUUGAGGGAACUCAUCGCUAAGGUGAGAGAAGUUCUUGCUAAGAAGGACGAGAUGGACCCCGAGGAAAUAAAGAAGCAGACCAAUGAGCUCCAGCAGGCCAGUCUCAAGCUCUUCGAAAUGGCUUACAAGAAGAUGGCUGCUGAGCGUGAAGGAAAUCAGGGCUCACAACAGCAGGAGCAACAGCCGGAAGGCGAGAAGAAGGAGGAGAAAAAUUAAGCACACUUAACAUUGUUGCAUAACUUUAAAUUUAUUGAAUGCUGAAUGCCUGACUCUAUAUCGUUCGGCUGAGCCGAUGAAUGUCCUCAAGUUUUCACGUUCAUUCCUCCUUCGAACGAACGAAUAGCAUUCGUCAAUUAUUGAUUCAUUUCAAUCUCAUGUGAAGGCCCGGGUGGACUAUAUUUCGAACGUGA